AUGGUCAGCGCACCAGCUCUCCUCCUCGCCGUCACCUGCUGCUGCGCGUCCCUGUGGCUCGCUCGGGCAGAGGCAGACUCCUCACUGGAGACCCGCUCGCUGGAUUUCUCUCCGAAAAGACAACAGGAGAAAGACCUGAUUGACGCGUUGCAAGAAGUGCUGGAGAAGCUGAGGAGCAAGGAGAUGCCCUCUGAGAAAAAGCUUGGCUGGUUGCCUUCGUGUGACGCAGGGGAGCCAUGCGCCGUGCGUAAAGGCGCGCGUAUCGGCACCAUGUGCAGCUGUCCCCGGGGGACUUCCUGCAACUUCUAUGUCCUCAAAUGUUUGUGA